AUGGAUCUGAUUCAAUUGAACGAUGUUCAGACAUUCCCACAAACCCUAAUAUCGGAGCAUAAAGAUUCUAUAAUGAAAGAUGCCAACGAGUCCUUGUUCGAUUCGAUGCUUUGUGACUCCAGUUCAAGACUGAUCCCAACUGGGUUUACGAGAUCUGAUAACGCAGACGAGGAGUAUUUCAUGUUUGUAAACGCGGGAGGAGAUGCUUUCAAUGAAGCAGCUAAUGGAAUAACGAUCCUGGGCGACACCUUUUUUGAUGGUGGCAAUGUUUUGCGUACCAAUGAGCAAAUAGUGGAGGGUGGGGACUUCCCAUUUAUCUACCAAUCGGCUCGUUUGGGAAGCUUUUGUUACAGAUUUGAUAAUCUUCCUCCUGGAGACUAUGUUGUUGAUCUUCAUUUUGUGGAGAUCAUUAACACAAAUGGGCCAAAAGGAAUGAGGGUGUUCAAUGUAUAUAUCCAAGAUGAAAAGGUUCUAUCUGAAUUGGAUAUAUAUGCAGUUGUGGGAGCCAAUAAGCCACUACAAUUGAUUGAUUCAAGAGUAUUUGUGAAGGAUGAUGGGGUAAUUCUCAUAAGAUUUGAAAGUAUUACUGGAAGCCCAGUUGUUAGUGGGAUUUGCAUUAGGAGAGCAACAAAGGCAUCAGUUCCACAAGUGACAAGUGAUUACAUUACAUGUAACUACUGUGCUGCGCAGAUUGAAAUUCCUUCAUCACAGAUGAAAGUUAUGCAGGCAAAAUCUAUGGCCAAGUACGAGACUAAGAUAAAGGAGCUCACAAUGCAGUGUGAGCUAAAGGCAAAAGAAUGCUAUGAAGCAUGGAUGUCAUUAACUGCAACAAAUGAGCAACUGGAGGCAGUCCAGAUGGAACUUGACAAAGUGACAUUCAAGUCACUUACUACUGAUCAAACUGUGGCGAAACAAGCUGAAAGCCUGAGGAAUAUUUCUAAAAGUUAUGAGCUUGAUAAGAAGAAAUGGACAGAAGCAAUUAGCAGUUUACAGGAAAAAGUAAAGUUGAUGAAGAGUGAUUAUUCGAAACUCUCCUUUGAAGCACAUGAAUGUGUUGAUUCAAUCCCCGGGUUAAAUAAGAUGGUUUUUGCAGUUGAAGAAUUGGUUAAGCAGUGUGAAGAUCUCAAAGUCAAGUAUAACGAAGAGAUGAUAAAGAGAAAGAAACUCUUCAAUGAAGUUCAGGAGGCUAAAGGGAACAUUAGGGUUUUUUGCCGGUGUCGUCCAUUGAAUAAGCCUGAAAUCUCAGCUGGGUGCACUACAGUUGUGGAUUUUGAUGCUGCAAAGGAUGGAUGUCUUGGAAUUUUGACAAGUGGCUCCACCAAAAAAUCGUUCAGAUUUGACAGAGUUUAUACACCAAAAGAUGAUCAAGUUGAUGUUUUUGCCGAUGCCUCAUCAAUGGUUAUCUCCGUAUUGGAUGGCUACAAUGUUUGCAUCUUUGCUUAUGGCCAAACAGGAACAGGGAAGACAUUCACCAUGGAAGGAACAGAGCAGAACAGAGGAGUAAAUUACAGGACUCUUGAACACUUGUUUAAAGUUAGUAAGGAAAGGAGUGAAACAUUUUCAUAUGACAUAUCUGUUAGUGUGCUUGAAGUUUACAAUGAACAAAUCAGAGACUUAUUGGCCACAGGACAAACAUCAAAAAGGUUGGAGAUAAAACAAGCCUCUGAAGGAUUUCAUCAUGUUCCUGGUGUUGUAGAAGCCAAGGUUGAUAACAUAAAUGAAGUGUGGAAUGUACUGCAAGCUGGAAGUAAUGCUAGAGCAGUUGGAAGUAAUAAUGUUAACGAGCAUAGUAGUCGAUCUCACUGCAUGCUUUGUAUACUGGUAAAGGCUAAAAAUUUGAUGAAUGGAGAGUGCACCAAGAGCAAGCUUUGGCUUGUGGAUUUGGCAGGGAGUGAGAGACUUGCAAAGACUGAAGUGCAAGGGGAACGACUUAAGGAAGCACAAAAUAUCAAUCGAUCUCUUUCUGCUCUUGGAGAUGUGAUAUCUGCUUUAGCAGCAAAAAGUAGUCACAUUCCGUACAGGAACUCUAAACUGACACAUUUGCUUCAAGACUCAUUAGGAGGUGACUCCAAAACGUUGAUGUUUGUACAAAUAAGUCCAUCAGACCAGGACUCAAGUGAGACUCUGAGCUCACUUAACUUUGCAACUAGAGUGAGGGGUGUUGAGUUAGGUCCUGUUAAGAAGCAAAUUGAUACAAGUGAACUUCAAAAGACCAAAGCAAUGCUUGAAAAGGCACGGAGUGAGUGCAGAAUUAAAGAUGAAUCUAUGCGUAAACUAGAAGAAAAUUUGCAAAGCAUGGAGAAUAAGGCCAAAGGCAAGGAUCAAAUUUACAGAAAUCUACAAGAGAAGAUUAAAGAACUUGAGGGACAGAUCGAGCUGAAAACUUCCAUGCAAAACCAAUCAGAGAAACAAAUCUCUCAACUCUCUGACAAAUUGAAAGGGAAAGAAGAAACUUGCAUUACUCUCCAACAAAAGGUGAAAGAGCUAGAGAAAAAGAUGAAAGAACAACUGCUGUCAGAGUCCUUAAGUUUUCAACAAAAGGUUUGGGAUCUAGAAAAGAAGAUGAAAGAUCAGUUGCAAGGGUCUGAGUCUGAAUCUGCCAUUCUGAAAGAUAAGAUCAAGGAGCUUGAGAGGAAACUGAUAGAGCAGGAACGCAACUCAGUGUCCUUGCUUCAUCAACAGAUGAAGGAACUGGAAGACAGGUACAGAGAGAAAGAGCAACAGUGGCAACAAACUCAUUGUUCUGUAGAUGCAGUAAAGAACACACCUGUGGUAGGUAAAAGCUGCAUGAGUGAUGAAUGUCCAAGUGAGAUUGAGGCUGGAAUUUUAAGGAGUUCCAACUCAAUAAAUCGCCAGAUAAGUCAAGGUUCUUCUUUGUUCAAAGGGAAUGAUUCUACUCAUCAAAUAAGAAGAAAAAGAGAGUUUAGAAGCAACGAAACAGAAAACCACUUUGUCAUGCCAUCAUCAUCUUUACAAGAUAGAAAAGUCACAAGGAAAUCUGACCCUCCUAAAAUAGUGAGGGGUGGGAGGCCAACAAGGCCAAUUAUUGCUGCUCAAGCUCCGUUGUCUCACAAGAGAGCUAGUACAAGCAGAGAUCAGGUUCAAGGAAUCAAAGAGAGGGAUAGUAAGAAGAAAAUUUGGUCAAGAUAACUGGUCCAACUCAAAAA